AUAGCCCCUGCGCCGAAGGAGUGGAGCACCUAUACCAUCCCAGCAGAUGUUCAUCCCCAGCCCUUGCCUCCACAGAUUGGCAAAGUACGCGCGGAGAUGCACAUAGCACCGCCUGCGUCGGUGUACAUGGAAUCGUCCUACAGUCGUUUAUCACCAGAUGACCAGGAGGCUACAUUGACCAUCUCUCAAAGAGCGCCCGUGUCGAAUGGUUUUGCGAUUCCAGCAGACACGCCGUUCCAACCUAGCUCAGCGCUCCCUGAGGCACCCAUCGUCUUGUCCGUGCCGUCAUCGCGCACAACUCCGUCAGCAUCGCGACGCGAUGUUUUGUCUGCUGCGGUCAAGGAAGUCCCACCGGCGCACAUCGAGGUGAUGGAACAUGCGGCGUCGAAAGCACAAAGCGCUGAUAUGGCCCCAGCGAAUGCGCCUGCCCAGCUUCAGAUUGUCCCUAGCGCAAAGCGUCCGAAAGAAUACGCAUAUCGAAAGAAACGUGUGCGCUCUCGCGCGCGGGCUUCCAUGCAUCCUCAAUCAGCAGACCGUGGCACUGGGUCCCCAGUAGAGCUGAAGCGUCCCACCGACAUAGCGCCUGCGACGAAGAACUCUCGCAGGAAGAGGUCCAUCGGCAUGAAGUGCAUAGCGCCUGCUGCUGAGGUGGGCACAGAGACGACACCUGCGGACACAGACAAGGCGAGGCGCACGUUCAAGGCAAUGCAGCGCGCGCCCGCCCAGAGAAUGUGUAAACGGAUGCGCGAGGCACAGGCAAAGCUGAAGCAUUGUGGCAGAGACGUGCGCAAGAAGGGGAAGCUCCUGGAUCUGAUAGAGGAAUGCGAGAAAGAGAUGAUGCGGCUGAACGCAAUUGCCGCGGAUCUAAUAUUCAAAGAGUUCAACAAGGACAGGCGAGCGAAUAAUGUUGAUCUGCAUGGGCUGCGCGUCUCGGAAGCAAUCAAGUAUGCUAACGAGGCGGUCACAAAGGCACGAAGCCGCGGUGACCUGACACUCAGCCUUAUCGUCGGCAGGGGUCUGCAUACAGAGGACAAAGUACCCAAGUUGAAGCCCGCAAUCAUGCAAUUUUUGGAAAAUCUUGGACUCGCUGUGGCUGAGCAGCCGGGGAACGCGGGGCGCCUGAUCAUCCAACUGGGCGGAUGGUCUGACAACGAAGAUACAGAUUGAAAGCCGAUAAAUCGGCGUGUACGAGUAUGCCAAGAAUUGUGAAUUGAGGUCGGGUUUUGCUGGGUUUUCUCGCUGUGUUGUAAGUUAGUAUGUCCUGCUCGAAGUCUGAUACGCCAAACGGAACAUGUACAAUAUUGUUGCUUGGAGGCAGACAACGUC